ACCUGAUAAAGAUUGAUCAGUGCUCAGCAGUUAUGUGCCACCUGUCCAGCCUACCAGCUGGAUCCAACAUGAUUAGGGACAGACUCAAAGAACUUAAAGCUUACUCCCGAAACAAUGAUCGCCACGACUCUGUUAUUGUGUUUAGUGAUGACUUGGCACAAGACAUUCAUUCAUUUCUCAAAGAGGUAAUCGUGAAGAUAAUUGCAGACACACUGGAGGCUCAACUUAAAUUGAACAUUAUAUCUAGUCGUCACGAGCAGUUCCAAAAAAUUGAAGCUUCCAUUCAAGAAAUAAGAGAUUUGUUUGUGGAACUAGCACUUCAUGUUGAAACUCAAGGAGAGAAAAUGAACUGUAUUCGAUACUUAAUAGAAAAAUCAGAAGUAUAUACUGAAACAACUGCAGCUAAACUUGAAAAAGCUCGAGCUAGAGCUAUAAGAAAGCGUCGGCGAUGCCGAAAGAUAAAGCUGGUCCUUGGUUUAACAGCUACUAUUUUUGGCUUGAUUCUUCUUAUU